AUGAUCACGCUGGUGAGUACUGGUUUGCCUCUGUCAGUCAUCAAACCAUCCCUCCACAAACCCUCGAAUUUCAUCAACAAAAUGCAGUUUACCUCCAAGACACUUCUCUCGCUUGCAGCGGCCCUCUCUGUUGCCGCUGCACAGUCCGCCGACUGCGUCUAUGAUGUGCAAUCGGCCCCCUUCCAUCUCCGACUCACUAGUGACGACGCAAGACUGAAUGACACUCUCCUAGUCUCAGUCCAUGCCGGCCCCCCUUUCCGACAACUCGUUUCUGAAGCCUUGUUGGAGGAGAAGUACCCGGGGAACAACCUGUCGGACAUUUCUAUCAACUUCUACUACAACACCACCUCCACCAACGACCCGAACCUCAACUGCCUCCCGGGGAAACUCCACUGGGCGCCUGAGCAGAGCUGGCCUUCCGUGUUCGGCCUCGAGUCUUCACUUGCAAGCAAUGUCCUGCCGGUCAUCGUGAGCCCGACGCAGGAAGAGGGGUCUGGCCCUCAGUUUGACGAGGAAGGCAAGCUGUUCCAGCGAGCUAGGUCCUUCAGCCCCGUCAUCACGGAUGAGAAUACCUGGAGCGGUGCCAACUACUACAAGUGGUUCGUUUGUGCGACGGUUUAUGGCAAUUACAACUAUGGUGAUGCUCUGACCUGGGUAUCGGGCGGUCUGCCGGAUGGGAAGGACUGCAGGGCUGUCAACGUGACGCGGGAGUGGGCUUGA